AUGAAAACUCAGCUCUGCGUCUCUCUGCUCCUCACACUGUCUCUCUUUCACACUAAUCUAGCGAAGAAAUCAAAAACAAAAUCAUGCAAAAGAACAGCAUUCAGUCGACACACAACAAAUUAUCAAGCAUGGAGAGAACAAAUGACAGUAUGUGAUCUACUUCAAGAUUAUGAUUCAGCAGUUCGACCAUCUGGAAGAACACCUUAUAAUGAUACAAGAGGAGCUGUUAUUGUCACUACAAGUCUGAAUAUUCGAUCGAUUUCAGCAGUUUCAGAGAAAAAUAUGGAAUUCGUGGCACAAUUCAGAUUGCGACAAGAAUGGUACGAUGAUCGUUUGAGAUUCAUAGAACAUCAAGGUCUUCUCUCUUCCGAUUAUCGAAAUUUCGAGUUCAUCCACGUGGCAAGAGAUCAAUCACUUUGGAUUCCUGACACAUUUUUCCAAAACGAGAAGAACGGAUGGUAUCAUAUGUUAAAUCAGGAGAACCGAUUUUUGAAGAUUCGGUCGGAUGGAAAAUUGAUUUAUGAUAGGAGACUGACACUUCAUUUGUCAUGUUCAAUGCAUUUAUCACGUUAUCCAAUGGAUCAUCAGAACUGUGAAAUUGCAUUCGCUUCGUAUGCCUACACAACCGCAGACAUCGAAUACAUCUGGGAUGUUCCUGCUAUCCAAAUCCACGAAGGAGCCAACGGAGCAUUGCCUAAUUUCGAGAUUGCCUCAUUCAAAAAUGGCUCGUGUACAUCUAAAACCAACACUGGAACGUAUUCAUGUCUCAAAGUUGAAAUCCGGCUCAAUCGUGUCUUCUCAUUUUUCCUCCUCCAACUAUACAUCCCAUCUUCUAUGCUUGUCGGAGUUGCUUGGGUCUCUUAUUGGAUUGACUGGAAAUCAACAGCUGCACGUGUUCCAUUAGCAAUUGUCACCUUAUUGACAAUGAUUACAACUUCUCAUGCGAUUAAUUCGAAUCUUCCUCCAGUCAGUUACGCGAAAUCAAUCGACAUUUGGGUUGGAGCAUGUGUUGUCUUCAUCUUCUUCUCGUUGAUCGAAUACGCUGUUGUUAACUAUAUGGGAAUUCUAGAUGAGCACAGACAAAUGAGAAAAGCUGCAUGCAACAGAUCUCGUCUCUCAAAUGUCAUUGACAACGACAACUUUGGAGAAUCAUUGCAAUCACUGACGUUUAGUCCUCAAGAGAAAAAGAGAUUAAUCCGACGUCGCCCGAAAAAGACGCUGGAAUUGCAAGAAGGAGAUUUUGAAGCAAUUGAAAUGGUUGACAGAGGACCUCCUCGAAGUGCUGGAUUAAUGGAAGAAGGAUGGACAUUUCAUGAUACAACUGAUUUAGUUUACAUUGGACAACGUAAACGGGUUGAACUUGUUCGAUGGUGUAGUGUUCUUUCAUCACGUGGACGAGCUGAACGAAUUGAUAUCAUUGCUAGAAUAAUUUUCCCGAUAGCAUUCAUUCUUUUCAAUUUCGCAUAUUGGAGUAUCUACCUCGAAGAAGAGGAUCCAGACGAGUCGUAA